AUGGUUUCCAAACACCCAUUUUCGGGGCUUACAUUUUGCUGUACUGGGAUAGAGGCCAAAUUGAGAAUUGAAAUCAGCAAGAAUAUUAAGGCCUUGGGAGGAGUAGAAUAUCCCGAUCUCAUGACAGAUGUUCAAUAUUUAAUUGUUGGCAAGAGAGACACUGAAAAAUACCGUUUCUGCGUUAGGAAUAGAGCUGACAUUACGUUUCUUACCGCAGAUUCCAUCUUCAAGAUAUACAAGCGCUGGUUGAUGGGGGAGGAAGACGUUCAGUUGCAGCUUAAAAAUCAUUUAUUACCAAUUUUCAGCGACAUAGAUGCAUCCAUAUCUCGAACAGAUAUAACAAAGGCUCAAUUCGAACAAUUGUUCACAAUGUCUCAUUUUAGACCUAAAGAUGCGGAUGCGGCGUAUUUUAGCUUUAAAAAUUUAUCAAAUAUAAUAAGUGAAAAUGGCGGGAAAGCUAAAGAGUCAGUGCUGCCGUAUCUGAGCUGCAUGAUUAGUGCUGACCCAAGAGGUACCAGGUACAGCAAAGCUUUGGAGUGGGGAAUUCCUGUGGUGCACCCAAUUUGGGUUUUCGACAGCAUAUUGAGGGGAGCAGCAAUGGUUUACUCAGAUUACCAGUUGAAAAGUGAUUCCACAGAGCUGUAUGACACAGGAUGCAAAAUGUGGCACUUGAUUUUAAAGCCCCAGGCUGAAGUAGAUGAGUUAAAAAAGAGUAACAACAGCAACAACCAUCGACGCCGCUUACUAGCCACUCGAAGUACUGCAACAUCUACUACUGAGCCUUCUAAAUUAGUGAAUAAACUAAAUAACAGGGAGAUUUGGAAUUCUAUAAUGGACCAUACUAAAGAUGUUGUGAAAAAGAGUACACGAGAUAAAGCAUGGGAUGAAGAGAGCGAGAGUGAAGAAGUCAACGAAGAUAUUAUCAAGCCAUCAAAGCUCACUGCUGGCACAGCAGUAGAAACAACAAACAACAACUUGUUUCUAGGAUUCAAUUUCCUCUUGAUGGGGUUUGAUCCUAGAGAGUCAGAGUUGUUGAGUAACGGAAUUGAGAAUUUUCUGGGCGAGAUAAUAAGGGAUAUGUAUGAUACUUCCAUUAGCCAUAUCAUUAUACCUGCACGAAAGGGCAGUAAGUCUUCGGGAGUGUUGAAAGCCUUGCCAGCAGAAGUGAAGCAGAAAAUAACAAGUGGUGAUAUAAAAGUGGUUACUGAACUUUUUAUCGAGAGAAGCAUCUACUACAAGAAAGUUGUAUUGGACAGUUGGGGACAACCUAUAAAGGGGUUGAUGAAGUCGUCACGAAAGUUCAAUGUUUGCACAUCUGGUUUCACAGGGAUUGAAUUACUACAUAUUGAAAAAUUGAUUCGGUUUAUGAACUUUGAAUACUGCGAUACACUUUCCAGCCAGAGAGAUCUUUUGAUUUUAAAUGUGAAUUUGUUUAAGGACAGCUUCAUGGAAAAGUCGCCAAAGCUUUUUGAUUAUAAAUACAAGGAUGUAUUAAACUGUCCCGUUUAUCAAUCAGGACUAUCAUCUGUAUCGCUUUUAUCGACCAAAAAUAAGAUUGAAGCUUCAAAGAAAUGGAAUAUACCCAUUGUAUCUAUUGGAUAUAUAUGGGAAAUCUUUGAAGUGUCAAAGUACAAGUCAGUUUUGAUAAUGCCCGAAUUGACCAAUCCUAAUUGGUGCAUCUACGCUCCUAUAAACUACAUCAGGCCAAGAUCCUUAAUGGAUUAUAUUAAAAGCAUGAGCGAUAGAACAGAUACCGAUGAGAGACCACGAUCAGUAAAUGAACAUUAUGAAAGUGAUGCAGGUGGUCUGAUUAAGCUUCCUUCGCCGCGGAAAACAACACCGAAACGAAAGUACGGAAGACUCUCAGGAGGGUCACCGCAAUCGAUUAAGGGAAAAUUACAAGGCGCACCAAGUAGAGAAGGCAGUAUUGUUGAGAAUUUGAACGUAUCAGUAUAUGACAAGAACAAGAACAAGAACAAGAACAAUAAUAAUGAUACUAACGGCGAGAACAACAAAAGGCAAGAUCCAUUUGACUGCGAUAUUACCAAUGAAGAUGAUCUAUCGCUGCAAGUCAGGUAUGAAGAUGCCGAAUCGAUAAUGAACCAGGAGCGUCUACUAAAAAAGUUGGAAAAUGAGGUUGAAGAUAGCGAAUUGGGUGCAAAUGGUAGCAUAUUACAUAAGCGAAGAAGAGUAAAGCCCUAA